CGAAUGGAGGCCUAUGUCCGAAACUUGCAACUUCAGAUUGUCGACGCCCUUGAGGCUCUCGAGGGACCCGACGGCGGCCGCUUCGUCCGCGACCACUGGAAGCGCGAAGAGGGCGGCGAAGGCAUCUCCUGUGCCCUGCAGGGCGGCAAGGUCUUUGAGAAAGCCGGUGUUCUUGUCUCGGCCGUGCACGGCCCUGUGCCCAACGGCCUCCGCCAGCACAUGAACAGCCGUCUGGGAACCUCGUUCGGCACCGGUCCUCUGCGGAUGUUUGCCACCGGCGUCAGUUUGGUCAUCCACCCACACAACCCCCUGACCCCGACCUCGCAUGCCAACUACCGCUAUAUUGAGCUUGUGGACGAGAAUGACAAGGUGGUCUGCUCGUGGUUUGGCGGCGGUAGCGAUCUGACGCCCGCGUAUCUGAUCGAGGAGGAUGCCGUCCACUUCCACAAGGUCAUCAAGGGUGCCUGCGAUCAACACGACAAGUCGAUCUACCCCAAGUUCAAGAAAUGGUGUGACGAUUACUUCAAUAACGUCCAUCGUGGCGAGCACCGCGGCAUCGGCGGCAUCUUCUUUGACGAUGUCAACGUCGAGACGAUGAAGGGCAAGUCACAGGAGCAGAUCUUUGCCUUUGUCCGCUCCUGCGGCAACAGUUUUGUUCCUCAGUACAUCCCCAUCGUGCAGAAGCGCAUGAACACCGAGUUUACUCCCGAACAAAAGGUCUGGCAGCAGCUCCGCCGCGGCCAGUAUGUCGAGUUCAACCUGGUUCAUGACCGUGGUACCAAGUUCGGCCUGGCCACCCCUGGCGCCAGGAUCGAGAGUAUCCUGAUGUCGAUGCCUCUGACUGCCCGCUGGCAAUACAAGGUCCAGCCCGAGGCCGGCAGCGAGGAGGAAAAGCUACUGGAGGUGUUGCGUAACCCGCGCGAGUGGGUGUAA